CAGGAGAGCGUGCCAGCCCUGGGGACAGGGAGCAACCAGGCUCUAGCAGAAGGACCAGGGUGCCAGAACCAAGUCAGUAACCACAUGGGUGAGCACGCAACCCGCCGCCUCCACAGCAGGGUGAUCUGUGCCACUCAGUAGCUUCUCUGCACAAGGCUUCCAGCGUCCCGUUUCCAAAGAAACAUGGACUGUUAAGUUAUAGAUGUGUGAUGUAGAGCCUCUUUGUGUACUUGAGAAGGUGCAGUUCUGCUGAUGUUUAAUUCCUCUUUGGCUGUCUAUAAACUGUGAAACAGAAGGAUGCAGAAGAUUGCCUCUUGCCUUUUUGUGCGUGAGUGAUAAGAGCACAAGAUCAUUACUACAAGUCUGCUGCAAAGAUGAGUUCAGAGGAGAAGAGUAUAUCUCCAGCUCACAAAACAUCCACUCCAUCACAUAGAAGUGCCUCUUCCUCCUCAUCGUCUCAGAGAGACAGGAGGCAGAGUGUUCAUAUUUUGGAGCGGAAGGCUUCUUCAGGAAGCACAGACCCUUCUUUAAGCAAGCAGUUCCUUGAAAGUGACCACAUAUCUCUAUCUAAGGAACCCGACAGCUGGGAGAUCAUAGAGGGUCUGCGAAUAGGCCAGACCAAUGUCCAGAAGCCAGACAAACAUGAAGGUUUCAUGCUGAAAAAGAGAAAAUGGCCUUUAAAAGGUUGGCACAAGAGGUUUUUUGUCCUGGAUAAUGGAAUGCUGAAAUAUUCAAAGUCACCAAUCGAUAUACAGAAAGGCAAAGUCCAUGGGAGCAUUGAUGUUGGUUUAUCAGUUAUGUCUAUAAAAAAGAAGGCUCGUAGAAUAGAUCUUGACACAGAAGAACACAUCUAUCACCUGAAGGUGAAGUCCCAGGAUUCAUUUGAUGCAUGGGUUUCAAAAUUACGCCACCAUCGGUUAUACCGUCAAAAUGAGAUUGUGAGGUCUCCAAGAGAUGCCAGCUUUCAUAUAUUCCCUUCAGCCUCUACUACAGAGUCGUCACCAGCUGCUAAUGUGUCAGAUGGAAAGGUGCAACAAAAUAGCUUUCCCUGGCAGUCUCCUAUACCUUGCAGUAACAGCCUUCCUGCCACCUGCACUACUGGUCAGAGUAAAGUAGCAGCCUGGUUGCAGGACUCUGAAGAGAUGGACAGAUGUGCGGAAGAUCUUGCUCAUUGUCAGACAAACCUUGUGGAACUCAGUAAACUUCUUCAAAAUUUAGAAAUACUACAGAGAACUCAGUCAGCACCAAAUUUCACUGACAUGCAGGCUAACUGUGUAGAUAUUUCAAAGAAAGACAAGCGGGUUACGAGACGGUGGAGAACAAAAAGUGUCAGCAAAGAUGCAAAAAUUCAACUUCAGGAAGGGCCGGCACCGAAGGGCCAGUUCAGCACAACACGACGCCGGCAGAGACUAGCAGCUGCAGUGGCUACAACAGUCCCUUUCAGUGCUACAAUGUCGCCUGUUCGACUUCAUUCGUCCAAUCCCAACCUUUGCGCAGACAUUGACUUUCAGACUCCCCCAAGCCAUGUAACAGACCCUCUGGAGAGCUCUACUGAGUACAUGAAGCUUCAAGAAGAAUUCUGCCUGAUGGCGCAAAAAGUGCAUUCACUUUUGAAGUCUGCCUUUAACAGCAUAGCUAUAGAGAAGGAGAAGCUUAAGCAGAUCGUUUCAGAGCAGGAUGUCACAGGCCACAAUGCUCAAAUAGCACACCUCAGACAGUCCCUCUCUCAGGCUCUCAACCAGAAUGCUGAACUAAGGAGUCGCUUGAACAGAAUACAUUCAGAAUCUGUUAUUUGUGAUCAGGUUGUCAGUGUAAAUAUUAUCCCUAGUCCUGAUGAGGCGAGUGAACAAAUUCACGUCAGUUUGCCACUGUCUCAGCAAGUUUCUAAUGAGAGCAGGCUCUCUAUGUCUGAAUCCGUUUCAGAGUUUUUUGAUGCACAGGAAGUGCUUCUGUCUGCCAGCUCAUCAGAAAAUGAGGGUUCUGAUGAUGAAUCUUAUAUCAGUGAUGUGAGUGAUAACAUAUCUGAGGACAACACCAGUGUUGCAGACAGCAUUUCUCGGCAAAUUCUUAAUGGUGAACUAACAGGAGGUGCAUUCAGGAAUGGACGGAGAACUUGUCUCCCAGCUCCCAGCCCUGACACUAGUAACAUCAAUCUGUGGAAUAUUUUGAGAAAUAACAUUGGCAAAGAUCUUUCCAAAGUAUCCAUGCCAGUUGAGCUAAACGAACCUCUGAAUACCCUGCAACAUCUUUGUGAAGAGCUGGAAUACAGUGAGCUAUUGGACAAGGCUGCUGAAACAGAUGAUCCUUAUGAACGCAUGGUUCUCAUAGCUGCUUUUGCAGCAUCAGGCUAUGCCUCUACAUAUUUUAGGGCGGGAAGCAAGCCAUUUAACCCAGUGCUUGGUGAAACUUAUGAAUGUAUUAGAGAAGACAAAGGAUUUCGAUUUUUCUCAGAGCAGGUUAGCCACCAUCCUCCCAUUUCGGCCUGUCACUGUGAAUCGAAGAACUUUGUGUUUUGGCAAGAUAUCAGGUGGAAAAACAAGUUCUGGGGAAAAUCUAUGGAAAUUCUGCCAGUUGGAACAUUGAAUGUGACUCUUCCAAAGUAUGGAGACUACUAUGUCUGGAACAAAGUCACUACUUGCAUACAUAAUAUUCUUAGUGGAAGGAGAUGGAUAGAACACUACGGGGAGAUAACUAUCAGGAACACAAAAAGCAGUGUUUGUAUUUGUAAACUCACGUUUGUAAAGGUGAACUACUGGAAUUCAAAUGUAAAUGAGGUCCAGGGUGUUGUGAUAGAUCAAGAAGGGAAGGUGGUUCAUCGCCUUUUUGGAAAGUGGCAUGAAGGCCUUUACUGUGGGGUUGCACCUUCAGCCAAAUGCAUAUGGAGGCCAGGCUCCAUGCCAACCAAUUAUGAACGUUAUUAUGGCUUCACGAGGUUUGCUAUUGAGCUCAAUGAAUUAGAUCCUGUAAUGAAAGAUCUUCUUCCUACAACAGACGCACGAUUCAGGCCAGAUCAAAGGCUUCUGGAGGAAGGAAAUAUAGAAGCAGCGGCAUCUGAGAAGCAAAGAAUAGAAGAACUCCAGAGAGGUCGGAGGAGGUACAUGGAAGAACAUGGCAUUGAAUACGUCCCCAAAUUUUUUAAAAAAGUUAUUGACGCUAAUCAAAGAGAAGCCUGGGUUACCAAUGAUACCUACUGGGAACUGCGAAAGGAUCCUGGAUUUAGUAAAGUAGAAAUCCCUGUGCUCUGGUAAACUGAGAAUGUAGAUCUAGUAAACAUAUCACUCUGAAGAAAAGAAUAACUAUGCACAAUAUGUUUCUUAUAGCUAAGCGUGGUUUGUGGGUCUACAGAAAAACCUAUCAUUCGCAUUUAUAUUCAUCUUUAUAACAGACUUUUGAAAGUGCAUUAGACCAGGCCCCUGACCACUUCUGGAUCUUUUUAAUUUUGCAGCAGCCAUUAAAAAAAAAAAAAAAAAAAAAGAAAAAAAAAAGAAACGGAAACCUUUUGAAGUUUCAUACACUGAAAAUUCAGAACAAAAGAAGCAGAUGAGUUAUCCAAAGUCACUCAGAAGAGAUGGUAAACACAAAACUGCAACUGGUGCUUUAAACAGACAUUAAGAGUAAUGUAAUUUAAAUUUAAAAAAAAAAAAAAGAAAAAAAAGAAAGAAAAAGAGAAAAAUAUCCAUUUUGUUUCAGCUAUUUUUGUUAAAAACUCUUCUGUCACAAUACUGUCAUUUCUGGCUUCAGGUUAGUCCUUUGGUGUGAUGUGCUUGGACUGGCCUUUGUCAAAAAGAUAUGCUUUUCCAGAAGCUGUUCCCAUUCAUAUGCCAUUGUUCAUGCCUUAAACAAAAUAUGAAGAUGUACAGUAAGUAAUUUUAAAAUAUGUAUCCUUAGGCUUGUGUGAAGGGCAGAUUUUUAAGGCACUAGAAUUUUCUUAUAUAAAUAUUGGAGAACCUGCAUUAUUUAAAAUCAAAAGACUAUAUUUCAGAGGAAUGAGAUCUACUGUACAUGCUUUAGCUUUGGGAAGCUGACUGUAUAAUCAGUCUGAAAAGAAACUACUAAGUGGUUGAAUUUCAUGCAGUUUUGCUAAAUGCAUAUGAAUUGCUAGUGAGAAAGUUCAUGUUCUAGGUGACUGAUGCUGAAAUGCAAUCAUCACUGUUACCACAGGCUGGAUGUAGUCUCACAGUGAAUCUCAUUUCUCUGUAACUGCUUGUAUAAUUAGAAAUUUCUGAAGCUUUGCAGCAUUAAAACUACAUAAAUAGUUCACAGGAAGGUCUCUGGCUUCUCUCCGGAAGCUGAGUAGUACUGUAAAUGCAGCUGUUUUCUGCCACACACACUGUUUACUUUUCUGGCCCUGGUUUUUUCCCCAUCCACUGCUCUUAUCCAAAUUUAUAUUUCAGAAUAUGGCAGAGGAUCCCAUGCAUUGUAGCUAACAACUACUACUUGUGUUGCCAAAAUAGCUUUUGUGCAAAGUUAUAUUUUACAGUAUUUCAUAAAGUGAUUCUAUAUUUUUUGAUUAAGAACCAAGUCUCUUAUUUGUUGCUAAGCCUCAAAUAAUAUGUGUGGGAGAAGGCUUGGAACUUUCUAUUUGAAAAUCUCUGAAACAUUUAACAGUAGGAGGGCAGAUUUUAAUAAAAGGAAAAAAAAUUAAUUUUAUUAAGUAAAAAAUACAUUCCAUAUGGUAUGAUCUAGUCUUCCAUUUAUGCAUGUGUUAUAUAUCCAGGCACUGAUGAUAGGUUAGAUUUCAUGCAUAUAUGCUGUAUUUCUUUCUAGACAUACAUAGUACACUUGACUUUUUCUAUUUAAGAUUGAUCCCAGUAAUGAGACCUAAAAAAGUUGUUAGAUAUAUACGUGAUCCUGGCAGCAAAGCUAUCUGAACAGUUCUCUGUAGUUUACCACACAUACACAGCUCUCCACCUGCUUCUUCCUUUUGCAGAGUCGGGUCCUUACAAAACUGAGAUUACUUUGAUUAUUUAAUAUGCAUUUAGUUCUCCCCCUUGUUUGUAUGGCAAAGCAACUGGCAGAGCACCUAGCUACUGAUAAACUCCAAUGUCUGCACACAGUCCUGUUACCAGGAAGAACUAUGAAAGCCUAAAGAAAAUAUUAAGUAGAAUUUUAAGAACUGUGAAUGCUUAUGAAUUGCUUAUGAAUAUCUGGUAUGAAAAAACUGUGUGCAGAUUAACAGAAUUUUGUCCAAAGAAAAUUUUGAGUUAUUCAAAGAACUGUAUCUUUUUCUUUCCUAGUUGAACCUCAUCUAGUCUGAUUUUUUUCAUAGCUCUGAAAUUGCCCUUAUAAGAAAAUGAAAAUAUUUAAGAGUUUGGUGUUUCAAUCAUAUUCGGUUCACUUCAUCAUACUUGCUUUAAUGAUAUUACAUUAUGAAUCAAACUGGCACGUUGUGUGCAAAAUAGCAAUGAAUUAUUCUGUGGCAUGUUCCUUAAAAACAACAUUAUUAAACAUCUGCCCACCUCAUGUUCCAGUCUUUAUGUGCAGUUCACUGUGACAUUGGAAAGCAUUAUGUGUGUAUGACUGCAGGUAUAUUUGAGGGACAGAAGCUAUGUGUCCUUGUGGUUUUGUUUUUGAAAGUGGGUUUUUAAUUUAAAUACGUAAAUAAACCCUUUAGUUUUACAGUGUUCUGCUAGUAUUUUGUGAAUGCCAUUAUUUGCAAUGCAAACUAAGACUUGGAGAACAAUAAAGAAGAUAUCACUGAUUUACUUAUUUUUAUAAUUGCUUAUUUGACACUCAUUUAAAUAGAAAUAGCAUUAACAUUUGUAGAAUUAAACAAAAAUCUGUGAUAUGCUAAAUCUUUGUAUUGAAGGCACUUUUUAAAUUUACUGAAUGUUAAAUUAUUUCAUUAGUAAGAGGAGGAAACACAAAACAAUGCUUCACAAAAUAUUUGCAGUCUUAAUCAGAAAUUGGAAAGUGCUGGCAGAUGUACCAUAAAGCAGUUUCUUAUAGUGCAGAAUUCUCUUGAUUCUGUGCAAAAUAUUUUAUUAAUAUUUUUACUGUAACCUUGGGUGAUAUCAUCACAUAUUUUGUGCUGUUUCUAAAGAGAAUGAGUUAAUAGAGGAUAGGUCUGGGGGCUUCUAUCCAAAUUAUAAUUUUUAGACAGCAUGUGAAAUUUCAGCAGCACUGAAUCGUGUGGAAUAUCGGGCUCUCCACAUCCGCAGCCAGUGUAGUGCGGAAUGGGCUUUCCCAUGUUGCAGUGAGAAUGCACUGUUGGCUCCUUUGCAGCCUGGCACGCAUUGUAAAUGCCUGCUGCUUUUCAGCAGGGCUACAGUUCGGCCAUCCAUUCCCAGCACGUGGCAUUUUUCCACACCAGCUGCAGACGUUUGCGCUUCCUUUGAACUUCAGGAAGUAUCUUCUGGCCCAGUCUUGAAGCUGAGUAAUAUCCUUCCAAUUGAAGCUUUGCCAUUUGGCAUGCCAUCUCAUCCUCCUAAUUCACUGUCAUCUGAGAACUUGUUAGCCUGUAGUCUAUGUCCUUGCCCAGGUCACUGCUGAGAUGUUAAUUGACGUUGGCCACAAAAUUGACCCCUGUAGAGGUGUCCGUGUUGUGGGCUGCUAGAAUGGUGUAUGAUCAACGCUCUUCAAGCACUCCAUUAAUCCAGGCAGUAUUUUCUUUUGAGAAGCACGAAAAAUACCUACCAACUCAGUAAUUUAAUUGCUGUAGGUUUGGUAUGUGAUGAAAAUUAGUGCAAACUGUUUGACGUUUAAAAGAUUUUAAACAAUUUAAGAAGUUCUUCAAAGACAUAUGCUUUGGUUUUUCCCAUGUUUUCUCAAAACACUUAUUUAUGUAUAAAAUACACAAACCUUAUGCUUUAGUUUCACAAUAGUGAACUGUACUUUCAAUGACUAUUUUAAAAGUGUAUCUUAAUUUGUUUCCUGUUCUGAUACUGUGGACAUCAUAGGGUAAUAAUAACUCUUUUCAUCAAAUGUAAUGUCUUACAAAGACUUACAUAGCUUUGUUCCUUUUUUAGGUCUUUGUUAACAACGUGGUAGAUUUCUUGGCAUAUUAGAACUUGUCGUCUCACUGGGAGACACAUUUUUAAUCAAAUGAUUUUCAUACAUCACUAUGAUUAAGAAGUCAUCUAGACACUCAUUCUAAUUUUAGACAGGUACAAGUUGCAUGAAAUAAACUUUUUUUCUGGUAUUUGGUUUUUAAAGUGAACUCCCACUGUAAUGCUCUUUUCAUCUUACAAAUAAGUCACCUUUUUUCUGUUUUCUUAUUUUGAACUUCUGACUCUGAAUAAGCUUGUAUAGCUUUUGUGGGUUUUAUUUGAAUAGCACAUGGUAGGCAUAUGUCCAGUAUCGUGGUCCGUAUACAUGACACAAUUUUGAAAGACAUUGCCCUUGAGUCCCUACUGAACACUAUCAGAGCUGUCUGGAAAAGAAUUAUGCAAAUCUUAAGGCACACUGGGAGCCAGUGCUGGUCCUGCCCUCAUGGGUACCUGGUGAGAAGCUUGCAUCUGGGACAUGACCUCUGUUUCCCAUGGAGGUAAUAUGGGAUUUUCUCACCCUUGAGCUGGUGCAAUGCAGUCUUGUUUGUAGUUUCUCUCAAAAAAUCUGAAUUUUUAGAAAUAGGAAGGGUAUUACUUGCACAGUAACCAGGAGGUCUGAAUAUGACAAUUCUCAGAGUUUUGCAAAAGUUGCUUAGUAUUUGAAAGGGUAUUUGCAUUUAUGUGGUAAAAUCAAAGGAGGAUUUAAGUUUGAGAGUUUGGCCUACCUGAGGGAAGAUGAUUAAUACUGACAGCAGUGUGUAAGAAGCUCUAUAAUAGCCUCCCUGGUCACCCUGUAUUAUACACAGACUUGGAAGUAAGCUACCAAAGUUUAGUGUCAUAUAACCACUUAUCGUGGCAGCUACUAGGGUUGAAAAUACUAACUUGGGCUUUCUACCUGUCUGUCAUUAAGUAACAGUUGUCAAAAUUGUGUAAAACUUGAAUUUGCUUUUCACAGCACAUGUUGAUAAAAGCUGAAGUAGGCAGGGACACAGUAGCAACCAAGGUUUUUUGUUAAUGUGCUCAAAAUUGUGAUGGUAUAUUUAGUAUAAGACAUUAUACACUUUUCUACUUUACCAUCUCUGCUUACUUUUCUUAUAAUUCUGGAACCAUUCAGAAGUAAUUUAGUGAAGAAAGGGGUUUUUUUUUGUUUUUGUUUUGUUUAACAGAAGAAUAUAUAUGUCCGUUAAUAACGAUUUAAUUUUUUCUGGGGAGGGUAUUUCCCUGAGCUCCAUUAGAGCAGUGAAUGGCACUCUUGAGAAAGUGGCAAAUCUCAGUAAGCUCAGAGAGAAAUGGCUUAUUUACAGCAAUUUUUUUUUCUACGAUAUAUUGCAAAGAGUCCGCUUACAAAAGCAAAUACAGUAUUUGCUCUUUAAACUAUCGAAUGUAAAACACCUUCAUUCAUUAGCUUUUGUGUAAGCUACGUCUUUCUUCCAUGAAGCUGAAAAGCCUCUUUAUGGAAGGAUUUUUAUAUGCUGUUUUGCAGAUUUAAAAAGUGAUACCAAUGUACUUGUAGGUGUUUUAUAUGCCCAUCUCCUCCUUUGUAAAGUUUAGUCGUAUUAUAGACACAUCAUAUCUUAUUUUUUUUUUUCCUUUUGCCGUCCUUGCAAUGUUUGACAAACCCCAGAAAAGAAAAGGGAGGGAGAGACUACGACAGAGAACCGUGAGACUAGUCACAGCAGUUGUAACAAAAUAGAAAGUUUUCUUACUUUUAUUAAUUAAAAUGUCAGCAGAGGUGCUGAAUCUGUUUCAGGCAGGCUAUCUUAAUACCAUUUUUCUUUCCUCUGAUCCAUGACAGCAUGAAAAAAGGGAAGCUUGGUGACACUUGUUAAUUAAUUAAUUCUAAAGAUGAAGGGAGAUUUUUAUUUCUUUUAUAAAUAGAAAUGACUGUAGCCAGCAUUUGGCUGAAGGUGUAUUGGUAAUGUGGACAAAGAGUUACAUAUUUUAGAAAUAAGGAAACUGUAAAGGUGGAAUAUAUAACCAGCAGUGCGUAACAUAUUCUAUCGUGACCUAUGAAUAAUUCAUUGAAGUAUGGUAAAGCUACCGUAUUCAAACUGCUACGGUAUUCAUACUCCUGGAGCAAGGAUCCAGAUAUUGUCUCCUAUGAAACACUAAAACUUAUUUCCAUAUUGACUGCUACUUUUAAUGGUUUGCAUUAAUGAAAGGGGGAGAUGCUAUGCUAAUGUAUAAUGUUGCUGGCCCAGAACAUUAGGAAUUAAAAAAGAGAAGACAGGAGGAUAUUCCGUCAAAAAGUCAGAAGUGAGUACUUUAUCUUUUACAUCCUGAGCUUCAAAAUGGUGCACUAUACAAGAGCAGCACACACAAUGGUAAGUAUUCAACCAGAACUAUUCUUCUUCAUUGAUGUACUCACUCCUUAUACUGGUCAGCGUGCAAGAUCUUCUGAAGCUGCAUUACUAUUUAUGAUUACGUUUUUGGCCAGGGGUUGGUUUGUCAGGUCCACCGAGGAAAAUCAGUGUAGAGUGAUAACAAACUCUUAUUUCUUUUCCAGUAGUCCUGUGUGAAUGCUGUCUCUCUUCCUUUGUUAAAUUCAGCAGAACAAGAAAUAUUACAGUAGUAUUGUCAAAACUGAUAUAAAUUGAUUCCUCAGUAUUUUACAGGCAAAGGAAAAUUCAGUGUAGCUUCUUUCAAUGUGCUGAAGAAAUACAGACAAGACCUGCAAUAAUCUUUGCUUAAUAUUUUAUAAAAUAUUUGAGAUUGGAUCACGAAUAAUAAAACUAUACAUAAAUAUAUUAAACUUGCUUUGUCACUUAUCUUGACAUCAACAUUGAAAAUUAUCAUUCCAAUUUGAGUUUAGAAAUUAGAUCUGUUUAGUUAUCUGUUUAGAAAUAAGCGUUACUGAUAUUAUUUAGUGGUUGAAAUAGAUUAUUACAAAUUCAGAUCUCAAUAAUUUUUUUUCAGCUGAAUCUCAAACAAGACCCGACUAUGAGCUGGAAAAUAAGUACUGAUGAGUGUAUUUUUAUAUACAUUCAUAAAUGCAAAAUCAGCAACUUCUACUUGAGUUAAGCUUUUGCACUCAUUAGCAAAAGCACUGUUCUUGUUCUUUGUAAUUAUUUCUAAACUAAUUGUAAACUAAUUUCUAAACUAAUUUCUAAACAUUCAUUCUGCAGUGUCAUGGUUUUAAACCUAGCUGGUAAUGAGGAACAUGUAGCAACUUAUUCUCUUCCUCCUGCCCUGGUGGGAUGGGAAGAAUUAUUGUGGGGGGAGAAAAAGGUUGAGAUAAAGGUAGUUUAAUAGGACAACAAAAGAAGACAGAAUACAGGAAUAGUAAUAGUGAUAGGAUAUACGAAACAAGUGGUGCACAAGGAAUUGCUCAGUUGCCUGAUGACUGAUACCCAUUCUGCGUCUAAGCAGCAAUCCCCGAGCAGUGAAUUGUAGCCCCUGGCCAGCUUCCCAUUUGUGUGCUGAGCGUGAUGUUAUAUGGUAUCAAAUAUCUCUUGGGCCCACUGGGUCAGCUGCCUGGCUGUGCUCCCUUCCAGCUUCUUGUACACCUGCUCACCAGCAGAGUAUGGGAAACUGAGAAAGUCCUUGAUUUCUUAGCAGCAACUCAAACCAUCAGUGUAUUAUCAACAUUCUUCUCAUAUUAACUCUAAAACACAGCGGCUUCUGGGAAGAAAAUUAACUCUAUUCUAGCUGAGCAUAAGCGUUACCUGACAACAACUAAGACAAUACAUGUUAUUGACAUUAUUCUAAAUUUAAAUCUAAAACACAGUCGCUACUCAGAAGAAAAUUAACUGUAUCCCAGCUGAAACCAGGAUACUCACAAAGAAUUAAUUAUGUGUGAAGCUUGAGUUUUGAAAAUUAAACAACGUUUGGAGCUCCAUGGAAACGAAGAGUGGUGCUUCUGUCUUGCACCUAAUGCUCAGAUCUUGUUCAAUCUCUAGCUAUCAGAGUCGAGUGGACCGAUAGUGCUCACUCGCUAAAAUUUCAUCCUUCAACCAAAAAGAAAUAUGUCGGCUUUUGUGGAUGGGAUUCUUCUUUGUAUAUUUACUUGUGUCUAUAUUAUUUACUAUAAAAUGAGUAAGAAAUCAAGCUGUGCUAGCAUUUGGUGUCUCAAAACUUUUCUUUCACCAAAAUGCGUAGCCAACUCCUUGUACUUUAUCUGCUACUGCUAGAUUUUAUUUAGCAUGUAAAAAGCCAUCAAAAAAUUCAACUACUAUGGUAUCCAG